CUGUUCAUUGCCUCUCAUAGCAACAAGACUCAAGUGACAAGUUGGGGCUUGUCUGAGAGAGGCCAAUGAUGUGAACUUCCUCAGUGUGCAGAGCAGCAGGUUGACACCAUGCUGCUCCACUCCUCUGCUACCAGCCGGACAUGAGGGACGUGCAGGGGGAUCCUUAGACCAGAGGAGCCCAAAUCUGGCUCACUAAACGUUCCCAAUUCUGGUGCCCAUUCCUGCUCUGAUUCUCCUGUGUGCGUGUGCAGGUCACCAUGGCAACCGGGCCUCAGGCUAACCAGAGAUGGCCAAGGAUUGGCCCCAGUGAAGGCCUGAUGGCUAUGUUCAGGGCCUGCUCCAGAAAUCCAACUGAGGAGAUUAAAACAAGACUGAGACGUAUGCUGGACACAUUUCUGCAACACCACAGGGACAAUGCAGGAAAUGAGAACACCAAUGAACUGGCAGUGAAGUGCUGCUAUCAAGCUGGGAUCUGGUAUUACAGGAUCCUGGAGAACAUUGCCAGUCAAGAGAGGGACAGGAAGGGCAUCAGUGACAUCUCGGGCAUCUUGGGGAAUGAGCUUUUCCAGUCCUGUCUGGUGGCAUGUUGUCUUGAGAUCACCAUAUCCUCAAACCGUCUACCGUGUGACUUCCCUCUGCUCCUCCAGAUCUUAAAUUUGGCACCAUACCACUUUCUGAAGGUGAUUGAGCCGGUGUUGCGGGCCGAAGCGGGCCUGCCUCAUCAUGUUUUCAGACACCUCGCCCAAGUGGAAGAGAAAAUUCUGGAGAGCUUGGCCUGGACCAGCGACUCACCGCUGUGGGAGGACAUCAGAGCCAAUGAGGGCCAUCUGCCUGCCUGCCAACAGGUGAUGCUUCCUACACAGCUUGAAGAUCCAAAGAGAGCAGACUCUCAACCUGAGAGCAAUCAGCCAGGAGUGAAUCUCAGUUUUGGAACUGAACCGUCUACCAGCACUGACCAGCAGCGUUCCCCAUCAGCUGUAAACAGGCCUCAGAGAAGCAACUCCCUCCAUGUGUUCGCUCGCCAGGUCUACAGUUUGAUGGGAAAGCGUCUGAGGGAGCUGAGUUCCACACUGGACAUUUCAGAUGAGCUGCGUCUGAAAAUCUGGACCUGCUUUGAGUACUCUCUGGUCCACUGCACCAACCUCAUGGUAGACCGUCACCUGGACCAACUGCUCAUGUGUGCCAUCUACAUCAUAGCUAAGAUUACCAAGGUGGAGAUACCCUUCAAACGCAUAAUGAAGUGCUACAAGUCUCAGCCGCUGUCCAACAAAAGUGUCUGCAAAAGCGUGCUGAUUUCUGGAAGAGACACCGAAAAUUCUCGAACUGGAAACAACAAUAAUGGAGACCACAGCAUCAAUAUCCUGACUCCCAACACACCAUCAACACAUUACCUGGAACCUUCUCAGGAGGAGAGGGGCAAUCUUAUUCUAUUUUACAACCAGAUCUACACGACAAAGAUGCAGCACUUUGCUAAGCAGUUUGCUCCAACCUCUGUCAGAGACACCCCCCCUUUGUCUCCAUACCCCCGACAGUACAAAGUGUCUCCUCGCAGACGGCGGCUGUCCAGCAGCCACUCCAUCUUCAUUUCACCAUACAAUACAGAAACCACUUCCUCCCCUACUACUGGACUCUGCUACUACUUCAACACAAGCCCCCCAGAGCGUCUGCGUGAGAUCAAUAACAUGAUCAGGACUGGGAGGUCACCCAACAGGCGACACUAUGUGGUACCAUUGGACAGAGAAGAGGAUGAGCAGGCAGACAGGGAGGAAGAGGAUAAUGGUCCUCCAGCGAGGAGGAUUCGUUUGGAUGGUCAGUCCGCCUGGCAGAGACGACUCAGGAAUGUAGUCAAUGAUCGCGUGACAAGAAGGGACCAGGACCAGGACCAACCAUCUCCAGUCAUAAGGCCUAACCUGCACUAAAGCAGAGAGGGGCAUGACGUCUCAGAGGCUGCAACAAUGUCAGGUGUUGGAGAUAAAGCACAGAGCAGCGGUUUCUUCCUUUUCCGUCCUUUUAUUGUUAAGAAAAACUUUGGGCCAAAUUCUUUGUCAGCUCAAAGUCUUGUCUCCUGUCUGAGAUAAAAUUAUGGUUAAAAAAAAAAGCAGAAAUAAAUUUGAAGUGCAGAAGUUACAGCAGCAUCAAACUAUAUUCAAUGGUACUUGAGGUAUACAGACAGGUUUUUAAAAACUAACCAAAAAAGUUUUUACAUCACAUUAUUACCAGGGUUUUUCCUGGGUUUUUAGGACUUUGGUGUCACAUUUUUAUAUGAUUUUGAACCACUGACAAUAAGCUCACAUAUAUGAAAAAAGUUAACUCUGAAAAUGGAAGUGAAAUAAAUGAAUCAUAAUAAAAUUAUGUUGAAAGAAAUAACAAUAUAGUAAUAAACAUCCUUAUAUUAUACUUUUCCAAAUCUAGUUACAACAGACAUUAUAAAAUGAAAUUUAAGGACUUUUAAGUACUUUUUUAAGCACUUUUUUUUUGUUCUCAAGCACUUCACUCAAAGCAAACAAUUUAUUUUCAAAUAUAAAUUUUUAUCAAACAUAAAAUAAGGAUGUGAUCAAUGUGUUUUCAGUGAAGGGUUACUUAUAACACAUUACCAAGAAGGGAAAGAUCAUCUUUCAAAUACAACCAUUUGAAAGUAGCAAAAAGAAUCGAUGCCAGCUGGAACUUAAGUUUUAACUUUCAAUUUUUGGUGGAGCUACUGGCACAUGGAUGAAGAGAGAAGGUAAACAAAUUACAAGAAAAAGCCGGCUCAUGAAGUUAAAGGUCUAGUGUGUAUGAUAAAGGGGAAAAUAGUUAUAAUAAUAGUAAUAAAUUUAAUUUAUAUAGCACCUUUUACACACGCAGCACAAAGUGCAUAAGGGAAUUACAUGCACUACGUGCUUCAUUUGAAAAUAGAAUAAAACAUGCCAAAAAUGCAAUGCAUUAUAAACUGACACUUAAAUACAAUUAUAAAGAAAAAACAAAUAUGAAAAUAGAGUACACAGAAAGCAUUACAGCUCAAUAGCCGCUAAUUUAUAAAUCAUAAGUACAAGUACAAUACAAAAAUUUCAAAAGAACUGCAGCAGUUUGAAGUGUAAAGUGUAAAAACAAAGCCUUCCAGGCCUGUAUCAGGAAAGUCAUAAAUGCUUAAUUGAAGAAAAAUGUUGUUAGCUUUUGUUUAAAAUAUUUAGUGAGCUGGCUUUCCUGAUGUCUAUAGGUAGUGUGUUCCACAGCUUUGGGGUGCAGUGCAUAAAGGUUAGAGCCCCAAUUUUCUUUUAGCUGUUGCUGGGAACCUCCAAUAAACCAGCAGCAGAUGAUCGCAGUGUUUUUGAAGCCAAAUAGUUAACAAGGAAGUUAGCAAUAUAGCACGUUUCUUGCCCAUUUAGGGAUUUGUAUAUAAGGAUAUAUUGGCAGGAAUGGAAUAUAAUAUAAUAAGUGUGUUUUCUUAGGUGUAUAAUCACCUGAAAAUAAGAAUUGUGUUUCGUUGACUUAAAAUAAGCUGUUCUAUCUACCUACUAAGGGGGUCUUUCCCAUGGAGUCCGCCAUGUUGUUUCUACAGUAUUCCAGAACAGACAAACCAAACACUUGCUCAGAUAGGGCCAUUGAAGUUUUUUGCAUCGACCACUGUAGUUCUUCUGCAUCGCCCAUACUGUGUGUCAACUCGUCCAGAUGCUCUGCACAGCUUGUUUUAUGCUCAUAAGGCUUAAACAUAACAUAAAAAUAUUUAGGCAGUGCGCCCAAGCUGUAUAAUGGCAGGGAAAACCCUGACUACUAACAGUACAGUAUUUGUCUAUGUCUGAGUAAUGAACUCAUUUGCCACUCUCAUUCUGUAUAUCUGCACCUCUGCUUUCUUUAAACUUGCCCUUAUGCAAACACCCAGCCAUUGCUGCUUGCUUCUUUAUGUUGCCACACAGAGAAGGGUUUCCUUAGGGGUGGGAGGUAUACCAGUUUUGUAACAGUCACCGGUGUCACAUUUUGCCAAGACAUGGAUUUUGCAAUACUGUCAUUACCGUGAUAAAUAUUUAAUCAUAUUGAAAAUAAUGUGCCGUACUGUGGCUCUGAUAACACGCAGGUAGAAGGCUACGUACUCAUAGAACUUAAGUUACAUUCAGUAACCACGAGUGGUUGACGCCAGCUCCAGUAACACAAGACAUGGAAGGUACAAGCAAAGCACGCCUAUUUCUCUUAUGUUGGCUGCAAGAACCAACACAAAAGCCUCCAUCUACUCCCACCAUCCCAGGAAAUGAAGAUCCAGAAGAUUCACUUCAUUUUUUAGCGGAAAUGUCCCCACAACAACUGGAAAACUCUCAAAUGUGUGCAGAAACUAUUUUACUUCAGACUGCUUAUUCAACAAGGGCCAAUAACGUAAAGAGCAGUAUUUGCUUCAAAAAUGGAGUUUAAUGAUGGGACGAUACGGACUUCAAACUCACCUCAUGAUCGCCGCUGAUAUAUGUGUGCUGCUUCCAUAUGUAAAUGUACUUGAUAGGUAUACCCUGUGGUACACUGACUGUCAUAGAAUAUAUUUUGGGUUUCCUGCCAAAUAAAUGUUGUUAAGAUGCCUAAUUCCACCCCUUGUGUAACUCAGAGAAGUAAUCACAUUACAUUUAAUAAUAAACCUACAUUGGGCAGACAGCUCCUCCCAAAACACAUGUAGGGCUUUUAUUAAUUCUUUACUUAUUAAGAUAUAAAUGUACUUACAUUGCCAACAGACUGAAAAGAAAUCAGCACAUUUUUGUAACAAUGUGAUAGCAUACUGAUGACUGCAUGACUGACUAUUAAAAAAAAACUUUCAAAA